AUGUUGUGGCUUCUAAAUGUAAGCAAGGGGAGAUCUAAUAAAGUGAUACUGUGUCUUUCUUUAGACUGUAGCCAUGUACGAGCUCUGGGUCAUCUGAAGAACGGCACAUACGCAUUAUGGAUGAAUGAUACAACACCCUUCAAGGUACGUUGUGAACAUGGAACCUCUAACUCCUUCACCGUGAUUCUUCGGAGGAUGUAUGGAACAGAAAAUUUCUACCGUGGUUUCCAUGACUAUCAGUACGGGUUUGGUCAUCCCCAGGGAGAUUACUGGGCGGGGCUUAACCAAAUCUACUACUUGACCACUACAGGUAACAACAUCCUAACUAUCAACAUGCAAGACUGGUUCGGUAACAAUUGGAACGUUCGCUACAAUCGCUUCCGGGUCAAUGCUGCACCAUAUUACCAGCUUUCCAUCGGGUCUUUUCAAGGUCAAGUUCCAGAUGACCUUUCAUUUAACAAUGGCAUGUAUUUUGCCACCUACGACAAACCCGAUGCACAUAAUUGCGCUGUCCAUCAGAAAGGAGGGUGGUGGUACAAUUAUUGUACCUACGCCCUCCCCACGGGGGUUUACUACCACGGGGGACCCUACACGCCCUCUGGUGGAUUUUACGACGGUAUUUACUGGAGGGAUUGGCAAGGAUAUGGAUAUUCUCUGAAAUAUUUAGCCAUGACUGUUUCAAAUUCAUAAGGUGAACUUAAAGGCAAUACUGCAGAUUUUACAUGCAUAAGACUAGAAAUAGUUGAUGUAAACAUUAUACAGACUCAUCAAAAUUUAAACAGAAGAAACUCUUUGAAAACAUUUUUGAGAAUGCAGGAUUUGUGAAAGAAUUUAUCAAAUUAAACUACGAGUGUAAAUAACGAACUUCUGGAUCAAUCUCGAGUGGGA